GCGGUGUUUGUCGUUCGCUGCUGUGAGGCGGCAGGUCGGACGCCAUGGACGCCUUGGCCUGUAUGAAGUCUCUUCUUCUGGCAGCCUCGCAGUACCGGACGGCCAAGACAGCACCCAACGCGGCGUUCCUGCAGCGCAGCCUGGAGGUGAUCUCUGGACUGAAGCUUACACGAUUAUUUGCUUCAAACCAGAUUCUACCAAGUGAAUGUCUCAGUUGCCUAGUAGAACUCCUCGAGGAUGCUAAUAUAAGCCCAUCUCUAACCUUGUCUGUGGUUACUUUGCUAUCACAGCUAGCUUUGGACAAUGAGACUAGAGAAGCUCUCCAGGAUACCUACAAUCUGACCAGCGUGCUGGCAGGAGUGGUUCGUCGAAGUUCUACUAAUCUUACUGACCCAGUUUUAUUGCAGAGUAUUCAGUUGCUGCAGAGGCUAACCUACAAUGUUCCCAUCUUCUGCGCUGGUGCCAACAUCGAAGAGUUACUUUCAUUUCUAAUGCAUCAUGUUCAAGCCGCUGAAGACGAGUUAACAAUACCAUGUUUAGGACUCCUGGCAAAUCUCUGUCGUCACAACUUAUCUAUUCAAACUCAGAUAAAAUCUUUGAAUAAUGUGAAGAGUUUCUAUCGUACCUUAAUAAGUUUCCUGGCCCAUAGUAAUUUGACUAUGGUUGUGUUUGCACUUUCAGUAUUAUCAAGCCUUACUUUAAAUGAAGAAGUAGGAGAAAAACUCUUUCAUGCUCGAAAUAUCCAUCAGACAUUUCAGUUAAUAUUCAAUAUUGUUGUAAAUGGAGAUGGUACUCUAACAAAAAUAUACUCUGUUGACCUACUCAUGGAUCUUCUGAAGAACCCCAAAGUUGCACAUUAUCUUACCAGAUAUGAGUACUUUACCUCAUGUCUUGGUCAAGUAUUAGGUCUUCUUCAUGGAAGGGAUCCUGAUUCAUCAGCUAAGAUCUUAGAGCUGCUGCUCGCCUUCUGUUCUGUGGUAGAACUGCGUCAUACCCUGCGGCAGGCAAUACUGGAACCGUCUGCCUUGCCAGUCUCUGCAAAUACCAGAUUUGUGACUCGCUCAAAGACUUUUGAACCAUCUGUUGCAUUGGUGCACUUCUCAAACCAACCAUUGGAAGGCUCUGAAGACUGUGCAGUUCUAGCAUUGCAACUAUUCAAAGAAAUUGUUGAGGAUGUUAUUAAUAGUGGGAACAGUGCCUCAGCCGAACACUUUGUGGAUCUUUUGCUGCCUGUUCUUCUUGAUCAUCUUCAGAUGCCGGAACAGAUUGUGGAUGAGCUAUUAGUGAAGAAAAAGUGUGAAAGAAUGGUUAAGGCUAUUAAUGUCCUGACAAUGCUCUGUAGAGAUGACAUACUGAAAAUGCGUGCCUCGAAGGCACUGACUGCCAGCCAAUGCACGUCUCUCAUAGAACACCAGUUUACCGAUCGUGGGAUUGAUACUGGUUUUGGGACAAAAGUAGUGGACUCUAAAAUGUGCAAACUUGCUGCUGAUUUUAUUUUGAAAACACUUGAUCUUAUGAGCAAACUGAAGCAGGAUGUACCUGGUAUGGAGGUCAGCUUCUACAAAAUUUUACAGGAUCAACGCUUGAUUACACCUUUGACAUUGGCUUUAACAUCAGACCAAAGGGAGCAAGUCCAAAUGGGACUUAGAAUACUGUUUGAGGCUGCACCCUUACCAGAUUUUCCUGCCAUAGUGCUUGGUGAAAGCAUUGCAGCAAAUAAUGCUUACAGACAACAAGAAACAGAGCACACGUCAAAAAGAAUCCAAAUGCAGUCACCCAUGACCAGUGUUAAUUCAGUGAGGUGUUCUUCCUCCUGUCCUUCAAAUGAUGAAUCCACAACCUCAAAUAUUCAGGAAUUAAUACAAAAACUUCAUUCUGGACUAGAGAUGAAGGAGCCAGUCACCGACGUGAGGAUUUCUGACAUAAUGGAUGUGUAUGAGCAGAAGCUGUCGGCGUUAGCAUCUAAAGAAACUAGGCUGCAGGACCUUUUGGAAACAAAGGCGGUAGCUCUGGCUCAGGGCGACAGGCUGAUGGCUCAGUACCGAUGUCAGAGAGCCCAGGCUGAGUCCGAGGCAAGAACUCUUGCUGCAAUGCUGAAGGAUGCAGAACGAAAAAAUGAAGAACUUAAUGAUUUGCUGAAAGCUCAGCAGGUAGAAUCUGAAAGAGCACAGGCUGAUAUUGAACAGCUCCUUCAACACAACAGGAAAUUACAAACAGUUGCUGAAGAACAGGAAAUACUGAAAAAAUCCUUUGUCGAUCUUCUUCAGAGGUAUGAAACAACUGAAAGACAAUAUAAAGAUCUACAGACUACAUUAAAUUCAGUAAAUAAACAAAUGGAAUCACUCAAGCAGCAGAAUGACAGGACUGCUGCACAGUUGGCAGAAGCUGAAGAUCACAGAAAAGAAUUACAGCAACAGCUACAGGAGACCUUGCAACAGAAAAUAGUUUUGGAAGAAAAACUGAAAGCUCAGCAGAAAGAAAAAGCAGAUAUGGAACAAACUAUAGAUAUUCUUAGAAAGGAAUUAAGUAAAACUGAACAAGCAAGGAAAGAACUGAGUAUCAAGGUGUCUUCUCUGGAAGUUCAAAAAUCCCAAUUGGAAGGACGCUUGGAAGAAAAAGAAGCGCUUGUAACAAUGCAGAAGGAAGAACUGAACAAACAGUCCAACAUGAUUGCAAUGAUCCACAGUCUAAGUGGUGGCAAGCUAUGUGCAGAAACAGUAAACCUCACUUUAUAGGGCUCUGUUGUAAAGGUCUUAGUAUUUUAUACAUAUGUAUGAAUAUAUAUAUGUAAGGAUUUUUACACCUAAAGCUUAAAAAAAAAUCUAAAAGUAACUAUGAAUUGUGAAGAAAAAGUAGUAGUUCUGGAAGCUUUUGUCUGAAAAAAACUGAGCCGCUGUAUAGCAAAGAGGUCUUCUGAUGGUGGAGGCGUUCCUCUUUAUGAGGAGAUAGGAGUUUGAGCAAGUAGAACACCACAUCUGAAUGGCUUUUCAGCAAAUAGCAUCAAUUAGGGAAAGUGUGCUAAAAUGAACUAGAUGGGAAUGUCAAGCGUGUUACUAAUUAAACUGAUAAAUGCUGGUCUGACUUUGAUUUCCAACGGUGGAAUGGGAGGGCAAAAAGUCAAGCUGCUCACCAGAGUAAGGUUAUGCAGUAAUAAGGUUCAUGUCCUCAGGAAAUGGUAAAUGAAUUGUUGUUAGUUUACAUGCUAGAAUCCACAGUAAUAAGCAUGGUGUAUAAAUAUUGAUUGUUUGGGUUUUUUUCCCCUGGAAAAAAUGUGCUGCUUCAGUAUGUUGUUGUAAGCCACGCGUUGCUCAACUCUGUUGGGUUGCACAGCAAAUAAAUGCAUGGACACAUCAA